ACAGUGAAUUAGCACUGCCGCUGGGAACUGGUCCCUCAACUCUGUGCUUAUCUCCAAACAAGCUGAAUAAAUCUCAUAAUAAGCUGGACCCUCCUCUGGAAUCUGAAGCUUCCUCCACCUUCUGAGUUAGAUUGAGGGGAUCGUUGCUGCUGGAUGGGCUCUAUCCCUGGAGCAUCCGCUGGUGUUCCAACAGCUUGUUCCCCGAGCCUACUGAGUAGCAUUAUAAAGAGACCUAUUCCAGCAAGGGAAAGCCAGACCCUGCUGCUCUCCUUGAGUAGAACUGCUCCAUUCCCAGGCUGUCAGUGUGGCCUCUCCCUCUUCCAGUCCGCCCCACUUGGUGUCAGCGAUGAGCUCCUGCAACUUCACCCAUGCCACCUUCCUGCUUAUUGGUAUCCCAGGACUGGAGGAAGCUCACUUUUGGUUUGGCUUCCCCCUGCUUUCCAUGUAUGCUGUAGCAUUGUUUGGAAACUGCAUUGUGGUCUUCAUAGUGAGGACAGAGCGGAGCCUGCAUGCGCCCAUGUACCUUUUUCUCUGCAUGCUGGCAGCUAUUGAUCUGGCUUUGUCCACGUCCACAAUGCCCAAGAUUCUCGCCCUCUUUUGGUUUGACUCCCGGGAGAUUACUUUUGAUGCCUGUCUUGCCCAGAUGUUUUUCAUUCAUACUCUCUCAGCAAUUGAAUCUACUAUCCUGCUGGCCAUGGCCUUUGACCGGUACGUAGCUAUCUGCCACCCACUGCGUCACGCUGCUGUCCUCAACAAUACAGUAACAGUCCAAAUAGGCAUGGUGGCUCUGGUCCGGGGAUCCCUAUUCUUUUUCCCACUCCCACUACUGAUCAAGCGACUGGCUUUCUGUCACUCCAAUGUGCUCUCCCACUCCUAUUGUGUCCACCAGGAUGUGAUGAAGUUGGCCUAUACAGACACAUUGCCCAAUGUAGUCUACGGUCUAACUGCCAUUCUGCUAGUCAUGGGUGUAGAUGUCAUGUUCAUCUCCUUGUCCUACUUCCUGAUCAUACGAACGGUUCUGCAACUGCCUUCCAAGUCCGAGCGAGCUAAGGCAUUUGGGACCUGUGUGUCACACAUUAGUGUGGUCCUGGCUUUCUAUGUACCACUCAUUGGUCUGUCAGUGGUGCACCGUUUUGGAAACAGCCUGGAUCCCAUUGUGCAUGUUCUAAUGGGGGAUGUCUACCUGCUGCUGCCUCCUGUGAUCAAUCCCAUCAUCUACGGUGCUAAGACCAAACAGAUCAGAACACGGGUGCUGGCUAUGUUCAAGAUCAGCUGUGACAAGGACAUUGAAGCUGGGGGAAACACGUGACCCUUACCAUCCUAUCACCCUUGUCCUACAUGGCUUAAUAUAAUAACUUCAACACACCUGCUUAAUUCCAAUCACCCAAAAGCAUAUUAGUGCUUUUCCCUGAAUGGGAUAGUGAACUGAAGUAUGGUUUUAUCUUCAUCAUGGAUAUAAUGUGAAUGUGUCUAUUUCGAUGAAUAUUAUGUGUUUUAAAGAUUCUGCUGUAAAAUGAGACUUACUGAUAAUACCAAAUGAAAGAACUUGGAUUUGUGAUUUAAACUAAUUAUCGGGUUUGUGACUUGAAUGAAAUAUUUUCAAGUUACUAACAUUUUUAUUCCUACUUCCUUUGUUAUAAAGCUAUUGUUUAGCUGUAAUGCUUAACUUCUGAAAUGUGGAGCAUGAAGCUGACGGUAUGGUAGUCAAGGGUUUCCUCGCUCAUUUCAAUUUUAUUAUUCAGUACCCAGGAACAUAUCUGAGCUCUAAAUAGGAAGGCUUAUGUGGAUCAUGUAUGCUUAACAUGUUCCAAAUCGAUAAGUGCUUUUCCACCUUUCCGUGUUCUUGUUCUUUUCCCAGGGAAGAUACCACUUUUGUCCACCGCAACAUGUGAUAGAGGCUUUAAUGAGCAAAGAAACUUUCUUGUAUGUGCUGUGCCAAGAUUUUAAAUUAAAUUUGACAAUUGAAUGCAUUUGCUUUACUACCAUGUUCUAUUGCUUCCUGCUUAACAUCUGCCAUCUAUUUCCUCUGCCUAUUACAAAUCCUGUUUUCUCUCUGCCAUGUGCUAACAUGGAUGUCUUGUGUUUGUGGUAAGUGAUUAACCCUGUCUUGGUGGCGGGUACCAAACUGUUCUUCAUGAUAGAGUAGCUGCUUCCUCUCAGAUGAACAGAGGAGGCUUAAAUUUUUUAGUCUCUUUCAUAUCUUUGAUUGUGUCUUCUUUGUACUGUUCUGUAGCUGUCAAAUCUCUUGAAUAUAUAACAUAUGAUAUUGUCUGAGUCUUGAUUUAGGUAUCAAACAACAUAGUAAUUUAUCUUAAAAUGUUCAGUAUUAUUUUCACUGUUUUUAUGUUCAUAAAGUAACAUUGGGAGAUAUGAGUGAUCCUCCAGUCCUCUUUACCAACACUGCAAAGGGCCUGCUGGAUAUGGGUUGUACAACUAUAAAGAUGUUGAAUGAACUUAUGUGAUGUAGAAUAUUCCCUUCAUAUUGAGUGGAUGAUGAAAAGAUUCUAAGAUUAGAUUUUUAGUGGUACCUACAAAAUAAUGUUAAUAUAUUCAAUGUACACAUAAUGCUUAAAAUGUUGACAUUUAUGUUGGUGUGUAUCUGACACAAUAAAAAAAUCAUUUAAAAUGCUGU